AAGUUAAUGACAUUUGGCGCAUGUUUGAAGAGUAUUUUUUAGAUGAUUCAUUUGUUGACUACAAUAAAAUUGAUUUUAGAAUUAUCCAUUUUGCCGAGAAGUUAAUGUCGUACCACCAUUACACUUAGCUGUGCUUUGUACAAGCCUUAAUCACGGAUUCAUGUUAUUUUACAUGGCUCAAUGGAGCCUGAAGUCAGUGCAGUCCUUCAUGGACUGCGGCAGAUAUGGGUAAUUGCAUGGGCAGUUGCUUACCAACAUCUCGCAGAUUAUUUUCUAGUGAUGAUAAAACAGACUUUGCUGACCUUAUAAAUAAUCCUAAUGAAGAUACUACUAACAAAAGAUGUUUUUUAAUUCGGCAUUUCCUCAAGACUAAAAAGAAACACAGACCAAAGGAAGCAGUUUUAAAUUUGGUUGAAGACAUUUUCCCCUCUUCUAAAAGUACUAAUUAUUCCAAGCUCAACAAGAUACCACACUCAUCAGAUAGACAGAACAUACCUUUACAAUGUUUAGAUGCCCGUGCUCUUUUAACAAAUACUGCAAACUCUACACCUGCUAGUUCUCUAGAUCUAGAAUGGGAGCAUGAAGCCUUGCCCUUAGAAGUUGUACAAGAGCCCUGUAACAGUUCAUGGGCUGUGGUUCCUUCUGAACGAAAUAAUUCUCAGUCAACUGCGUUUGAUGACAAUAACACAGACUGGUCACGAGUCCCUUCUGCUGAUUCUUUAGAAUGGGAUAGCGUUCAGAAUUCACUCCAAGCGACUCCACUUCCCGAAAUCGACGCGGAUACUCAGGCCCUAUUAAAUGAAAUAGAAAGAUUGACUGAACAGGCACUUAAGGAAACUGGACAGAGUCUAGGUAGCUGAUCGAUUCAUUUAGAAAAUGAACCAAUAACAAAAAAGUAUGUAAUAAAUUCCUUUAUAUUUUGUGUACAAAAUGACUGUAGGACAUAGUAGAAAUUUUAAACAAAUAUCAGUCACAGAUAAAUUUAUGUUUUUAGUUGAUUAACGAGAUCCUUUGUUAUUUACAUGUCUUCAUGUUCUAUAAUUUUUUCAUCUCACAUUUUCAAUAAUCUAUCUAUGCAAACAAAUUUUAAAUAUCCUGAUGGUAAUCAAAUAUCUUUUGAAUUUUAUUUUUAAUUCGCGCCUGGUAGUGCUUUUAAUAACUAAAAAAAAUUACUUGCUUAAACGGAUAGCAAUCAUAACAAAAUCCAAAUGUACCUUGUUAAUAAAUAUGGUGCUAAACUGCUAUUAAUUAAAUUAAUUAUUAAAAAUGGGUCAUAAAAAGAAAUCCAAUUAAACCAAAAGCAAAACUAUUUUUUAUUAUCAGUUCCAUUUCUUAUUGCAAUAAGUUUACUUAAGAAAAGUAAAUAUAGUCGUAUAAAAUUAAGCGAAAUGUUCUUUGAUUUGAUAUAGACUUGCAAAUUUAGUGCAUACGUUACUUUUAACUAAAAUUUAGAAUUUAUCACUUAUGAAGUUUGAAUUGCAUGUCACUGUUGUAUAUAUAUAUUUCAUGUUAACAUAUCAUCCACAUGCUACAUUCAUUAAAAAAUAUAAGAUGUAAUAGAGCACUGCUAAUGUGUAAAGGAAAAUAAACAACUGAUAUUUUUAACUUAAAAUCCUUGUUAGUUCCUUGUUCCUAAGAAAGUAACAAUACAACAUUGGAUUCUCA